ACUCUACGAGGAAACAAGAAGACAGGCCCAAGAUGGAGGCGGCGGCGGCCGUAGCGGCGUGACAGACUAUCAUUAUUGGACCUCUGAAUUCCUCCUCUGUCUUCCAGGAGCCCCAUGGCACCUGCCCAGCCCCACGUCAGCCCGUCUUGACAAAGUCCUAGGCUCCAUGGAUCCACCACGGGGCCCCCCUGCCAAUGGGGCCGAGCCAUCCCGGGCAGUGGGCACUGUCAAAGUGUACCUGCCCAACAAGCAACGCACAGUGGUGACUGUCCGGGAUGGCAUGAGCGUCUACGAUUCUCUAGACAAGGCCCUCAAGGUGCGGGGUCUCAACCAGGAUUGCUGCGUGGUCUACCGGCUCAUCAAGGGGAGAAAGACAGUCACUGCCUGGGACACGGCCAUUGCCCCCCUGGAUGGCGAGGAGCUCAUUGUGGAGGUCCUCGAAGACGUCCCGCUGACCAUGCACAAUUUUGUACGGAAGACCUUCUUCAGCCUGGCGUUCUGCGACUUCUGCCUUAAGUUUCUGUUCCAUGGCUUCCGCUGCCAAACCUGUGGCUACAAGUUCCACCAGCAUUGUUCCUCCAAGGUCCCCACAGUCUGUGUCGACAUGAGUACCAACCGCCGACAGUUCCACCACAGUGUCCAGGAUUUGUCCGGAGGCUCCAGACAGCACGAGGCUCCCUCGAACCGCCCCCUGAAUGAGCCGCUAACCCCUCAGGGUCCCAGCUCCUGCACCCAGCACCGUGACCCUGAGCACUUCCCCUUCCCUGCCUCGGCCAACGCCCCCCUGCAGCGCAUCCGCUCCACGUCCACCCCCAACGUCCAUAUGGUUAGCACCACAGCCCCCACGGACUCCAGCCUCAUCCAGAGUUUCAGCACUGAUGGUGAGCCCCCCACUGCCUGCGCCCUGAGCCCGCCCGCCACCCUGCUUGCUUCCACUCACACCCUCUCCACAACCACAGCUGCUGGUAGUAGAAGUGGUGGUGAUGGAGCCUCCCGGGGGAGCCCCAGCCCGGCCAGUGUGUCCUCGGGGAGGAAGUCCCCACAUUCCAAGUCCCCAUCAGAGCAGCGGGAGCGGAAGUCCUUGGCUGAUGACAAGAAGAAAGUGAAGAAUCUGGGGUACCGGGACUCAGGCUAUUACUGGGAGGUGCCACCCAGUGAGGUACAGCUGCUGAAGAGGAUCGGGACGGGCUCGUUUGGCACCGUGUUUCGCGGGCGGUGGCAUGGUGAUGUGGCCGUGAAGGUGCUCAAGGUGGCCCAACCCACAGCUGAGCAGGCCCAGGCCUUCAAGAACGAGAUGCAGGUGCUCAGGAAGACGCGUCAUGUCAACAUCUUGCUGUUCAUGGGCUUCAUGACCCGGCCGGGAUUUGCCAUCAUCACGCAGUGGUGCGAGGGCUCCAGCCUCUAUCACCACCUACAUGUAGCCGACACCCGCUUCGACAUGGUCCAGCUCAUCGACGUGGCCCGGCAGACUGCCCAGGGCAUGGACUACCUUCAUGCCAAGAACAUCAUCCAUCGAGAUCUCAAGUCUAACAACAUCUUCCUACACGAGGGGCUCACAGUGAAGAUCGGUGACUUCGGCCUGGCCACGGUGAAGACACGGUGGAGCGGGGCCCAGCCCUUGGAGCAGCCCUCGGGCUCUGUGCUGUGGAUGGCGGCUGAGGUGAUCCGUAUGCAGGACCCGAACCCUUACAGCUUCCAGUCGGAUGUCUACGCCUAUGGGGUUGUGCUCUAUGAGCUCAUGACCGGCUCACUGCCUUACAGCCACAUUGGCAGCCGUGACCAGAUUAUCUUUAUGGUGGGCCGUGGCUAUCUGUCCCCGGACCUCAGCAAAAUCUCCAGCAACUGCCCCAAGGCCAUGCGGCGCCUGCUGGCUGACUGCCUCAAGUUCCAGCGGGAGGAGCGGCCCCUCUUCCCUCAGAUUCUGGCCACCAUUGAGCUGCUGCAGCGGUCACUCCCCAAGAUUGAGCGGAGUGCCUCCGAACCCUCCUUGCACCGCACCCAGGCUGAUGAGUUGCCUGCCUGCCUACUCAGCGCAGCCCGCCUUGUGCCUUAGGCCUCACCCCCAGCCACCAGGGAGCCAAUCUCAGCCUGCCACGCCAAGGAGCCCUGCCCACCAACCAAUCAGUGUUCGUCUUUGCCCUGAUAACUGCCUCAAGAUCUCCCGUCUCCGCGCUGGAGAUGAGGGGGUCCCUCAUCUCCAUGUGCUUUCCUAGUUCCUCUGGAAUUGGGGGACCCCCCCAAAGACCGAGACCCCUGCCUCCUCCAUAAUUUGGUUUCCUCUUGGCUUUGGGGAUACUUCUAAAUUCGGGAGCUCCUCCGGCUCCAAUGGCUGGGAUUUGUGGCAGGGAUUCCAUUCAGAACCUCUCUGGAAUUUGUGCCUGAUGUGCCUUCCACUGGAUUUUGGGGUCCCCAGCACUCCGUGUGGAUUUAGGGGUCCCCGGUGUCUCCCCCGCCAUUCAAGGACUCCCCUCUUUCUUCACCAAGAAGCACAGAAUUCUGCUGG